AUCGCUGCAAAAAAAUAAACUGAAAAAUGGCGUCGCUUUCUCUCUCGUGUAAACCGUCAGCUCAGACUACUUUCUCUCUCUACAAAAGCCAGAGCUAUGGCUUCUUCUCACUUCGAACUCAGCAGAAGCAGCAGCAGCAGCCGGCCAAGCGAGUCAAUUUCGUUCCUAAAGCUCAGAGUUUGAACUUGAAUUCCAGCUCGAGCUCGAGCUCGCUCAGGCUGUAUAAUCCUCUCAGAUUGUCGUUUGGAUACGAGGGAAUGGCGUUGAUGGACAGGAAGAAGAAUGGGAGGAGAUCCGGUGCUGUGUGUUAUGCUGCGCCACUCUCUGUUCGCAACCUCCAAUGGAUCUCCACAGUUUUUUCUGUGAUAUUAAUGGUUGCUAAGGGAACUGGUAUUCAUAAAUCUUUUCUCAUUCCAUUGUUUGCCAUUCAAGCACCAGCAAGUAUCAUCUCAUGGAUUAAGGGUGAGUAUGGUAUUUGGGCUGCAUUCUUAGCUCUAAUUGUUCGCCUCUUUUUCUCUAUUCCUGGUGAGCUUGAGCUGCCAUUUCUGGCGUUAUUGUUGGUGAUUGUGGCUCCUCAUCAAGUUAUGAGGCUUAGGGGAACACAAGAAGGGGCUAUAAUAUCAUUGGUGAUUGCGGGAUAUUUGGCUUUCCAGCAUUUUACCCGUACGGGAAGCUUGCAGAAAUCAUUUGACCAAGGUUCAAUUGUUGCCACCAUUGGCAUCAUUUGUAUCACUGCUGUGUCAUUGUUGCUGCUAAUAUAAUCUUUUGUAAUCCGCAAAGGGUGAUAAUAGCAAGCUGUUUUAAAUAAGUAUGUGAGUGCUGUCAUAGAUUUUUUUUGUUUUUGUUUUUUACUUGUUAGAUUAGGUGUGUGAAUAACUUUUUCAGCAAUGCAAUAAGAGAUAACUGCUGUUGUGCAUAAUAAAUGUCAACUUACAAUAUCUUGUACUUUUUUUUUAUAUAAGCCAAUAAAUUAACUAGUGCAUUGUGCUACCA